AUGGCCAGGAAGAAGGCGCCGUUGUCAUCCCGGGGGGGAGGCAAGCACAUGCGGGCUGCGGAGCGAUCGCUGCAAAAGGAGAGGAGGAUACCCAACUUGCAGCUGAGCAAGGGUAGGGGCCUGGUGCAUCCAGAUCCCUGUUCCGUCAUCGACCCCGCCACGGCGACAGAUUGUGGUCCACCGUGCACCAGCAGCAGGCCCCUCAAGACUUGCCCCAAGCAGCCGGCUGCUAUACCGGUGCCGCUCGCUGAAUGGUCCAUCUGA